AAAUAGGCUGAUAAAUAUAUAUGCUUUGCUGCAUAUACUAUUGGGUAUAUUUCAUGUUGAUAAAGUGUAAGAUUCAAGGAAAUAAAGAUGGGGCAGAGUAUAUUUACUCUAAGAUUCAAGGAAAUAUACUCACAGACCUUUUUGGGCAGGAAAUUUGAAAUGCAAAUCUGCAGAAAUUUUCAAGAGGUUGUAAUGAUAACUUUGUGGAUUUUCUCAUCUUAUGUUAUUAAAAUUUGAUGAUAUGAUUUGUAUCUUGGCGUGGCUACCCCUACAAAAAAUAUGGUUGUAUGGCUUAGUGGAGUGUGUAAGAUUUGAAGGAUAUUUAUACUUGCACUCCAAUGUAGUGGGGUUACAUGUGAAAUUUACCACUUUGAAUGAAGAAGAAUUGUUUUUUUAGUUCCAUGAAUUCGAGUGGGGGGUAAGAAUUGUAGUCCUCUUUGUGGAACGCUACUUUCUAUUGCGAAAGAAGGUUCUUUAUUUUAUUUAUGGACUGAGAAAUGCACUGCAAAGCUUUGUUUGGUUGAGUGUAGUCUUCAUAGAUUGGGAGUGCUUGUACAAUACGAGGCAUGAGAAGGUCACAGAAAACAGAAUCUUGAUAUGUCUGCUCGUGGGAAUGUUUGUAAGGUUUGUAAAGACACUGCUUGUAAAGGUCCUAGCUCUGUCAUUCCAUGUCAGCACAUUCUUUGAUCGGAUUCCAGAGUCCCUAUUCGAUCAAUAUGUGGUUCAAACUUUGUAUGGCAUUCCGUCGACUGGGAUUUCCCGUGAGCAAGAGGGGGAUGAUGACAAGACAGUGGCCACUACAAGCAGCCCACGUGCAUGGUUUUCAAGAUUCAUGCCUAAGAAAAACAAGUCCGAGGGGUGAAGAAGCACUCUCGAUCACCUGAGGAGGCUUACUCAGAAAAAUAUCUCAGCCUGGACUGUGAAGAGGCUGAUGCGGAUUGUUCGGAAAGGUGUGUUGUCGACCUUAGAUGAACAGCUUCAUGAGUCCAGAAGUAGAGAUGAAUCUGCAGUGCAAAUUACAAGUGAGAAACUAAAAGUUGCAGCCAAAAAGAUUUUCAAUAGUGUGGCUAAGCGAGGCUCUGAUUGAGUACCAUUUACUUACUCUGUGAUUUGCUGUUUAAAACUCAAAAUUAGUUUCCUACACUAGCUUAAUCCCUUU